AUGUAUAUUAUUUUGAUAUUGUUGUAUUUUGUUAAAUCAUAGGAAAUAAUUAACUUGGAGAUUGAUAAAUCAUAUACAUUCUAUGGGUAAAACUAUCAAAUUAUAAGAGUUUAGAGAAGUACCAAAUUCAUGGCUCAGUUAUCCUGUUUAUCACUAUAAAUUAGAAAUUCCACAAGAAAAGGAUGUAUUUGUAUUAUUACUAAAAUACAAUGAUACUCGUGAAAAUCAUAAAUUAUUUAUGAAAGAUAAUAAAAUAGAGUAAGUCUUUUAUAAAUAUUAAAGACAGAUUUAUGAAGCUCAAGAUUGCAAGAUUAAUCAUCUAAUUAUGUGCAAAAUUGAAUCAACAAAAUAAAUACAAAAUAUAACAUAUUAUUUUAUAGUGUUUUGCAAAUACAAUUGUCAUUAUGAACUAAAAGUAAUGACAGAAAAUAAAGAUUUUUAUUUAAAUGAAGGAAUAAUGAUCAAAUAAUUUGAAGUAGAUAAUAUAUAACCAUUGAAAAUAAAUUUAACUAAUAUCUAAUAUGAAAGACUUUACAUUAUGAUUAAAGAUCUUUCUUAUUUUGGUUAUAUUCCAAUGUACAUAACAAUAAAUGAAAAAAAUCCUAUUAAUUAUGAAUUUAAUUUAGAAUCAUUAACUGAAGAAGAUGGAUAUUUAUUUUUAUAAAAAAAUUAUACUUAUCCUCAAAAUGAUCUUACAUUAUUUAUUAAUAAAACAGAUUUCUUUCUUCUUGAAUUGAAAACUUAUCAAAUAAUCUAAGAAAUAGUUUUAUAUGAAAAAUUAUAUGAUCAAAUAAUUAAGGAUAGAGUAAAUUAUUACAAAUUAAUUAUUGAUAAUUUUAAUGAAAAUAUAUUAAUAUUUGAAGUGAUUCCUUUAACAUAUAAAGUUUCCAUAUAUAUUUAACCAUGCAUAGAAAAUAGAUGUGAAAUUGAUUUUACAGAAUUUGAAUGGCAAUAUUAAUUUGAUCAAGGAUAUAAUUAUUAUGCUAUUCCUCCAUAUAAAAUGAUUUACACUAAAGUUUAUUUGAUUGCAAUAAAUACAAAAAAACAUGAGAUGUUAGAUUAUAUAUUACAAGUGAAAUUAAACUAAAAAAUAAGAGAGAUACCUAUGUAUCCAAAAGUUUAUGAGGGUAUCUUAUUGAAGAAUUAGAUUGCUUUAUAUUUACUCGAUGAUUUUGGAUCAUUUGAAUAAGUAAAUAUUAAAAUAUAAGCUAAUUUUCCAAAAGGACAUGGUGUUAUAUUAAGUAAAUAAUGUAUUAAAGAUUAUGAAGAGAUGGAAAUUGUUGAUGAUAUAUUUGAGUAUCUCUAAAAAGCUGAUAUCAAUAAUUAUUAUAAUUGUUCAAUCACUCCAUAAAAUGCAUCAUCAUUUGAUAAAUUUCAAUCUUAUAAUAAUUUAAUAUUCUAUAUUGAUAAUAAUGAAAGUAAAACUAAUGUAACUAAAUUCUGGAUUGAAUCAUAGUCAUUUAAUUUUCAUUAUGUUAUUGCAAUCUACAGUUAAGUAGAUUUUAUGAGAUUUUCUUUAAAAUUUUAAAUGAUGAUAAGUCAAUAAAAUCAUAUAAAAAUUAAUAAAUUUAUUAUCUAUUACAAUUAACUUUAAGAAUUAACCACAUAAAAUUAUACUAAUUUCAUAGAAAAAUAACAAGAUUUACAAAUUUACUUCAUUACAGCUGCAUAUCAAGGUGAAUCAAAUAUAUUAUACUAAAAAAAUAAUAUACAUUCAUACUAUUAAGAAAAUAAAUUAACUACUUAAAAAAUUGAAAUUAUCUAGUAUAUUAAUGAAGAGAGUAAUUCUUAUAAAAUUCAAAUUGAUGCAAUUACCUACUUAAAGUAUUCCAUAAUUCUAAUUCUAAAAAGUAAAUUAGAUACAGAAAUUUAGUAUAUUCCAUUGACUCUAGCAAAUCCAUUCAAAACAAUUGAUUUAGAUCUUUACUUCAGUUUUGAAAUUACUGAACCUAAUAUCCUUUAUAUUAAUCUAAAAUCAUUAUAGGGUAACUUUAUUUGUUACAUACUUAGUAGUGAUAGAAAUAUUGGUAACAAAUCACCUAAUGAAUCUAAUCUAACCCUUACAAGUAUGAGUCACACAUUAAUUAUUGAAAAUCCAAAAUAGUUCUAUUAUCUGUAUGUGAAAUCAACAUCUCUUUAAGAAAAUGAAUCAUAUCAAAUAAUGUACUAUCACAAAAGCUCUUUUUUGGAACUAUUCUUUGCUAAUACAUUUUAUAGUUUACUUAACGAUUAACAAACUUUAUAUUAUUACUAUUAAUCUUUCUAAAAUCAUAAAUAAUUGUAUAUCAUUUUAACUUAUUAAACAGAAUAAAAUGAUGAUAAUAAUCUAUAGAUUUAUAUAAGUUUUAUUAACAAAUAUCCUGAUUAAUUCAAUUUUUAAUACUAAAUUUAACCUAAAAUUAAUUACAUAGUUAUUCCUAAUUAUAACUUUGAAGCUAUAAUAUAUAUUGGAGUAUACAGUAAAGGAUCCAAUAAGUAUUCUCUUUUGAUUCAAGAAUAGGAUUUUAAGAUUGAAUUAAAAGAUAAUAUCAUUUAGACAAGUCCAAACAUAGAUUAACAGUAUUAUUACUUUUAUUAUAUGAUUCCUAAGAAUUUCAUCUAUCCCAUUAAAAUUUAAGCACAUACUAAAUUCAAUUUAAUUGAACUAUUAUGCAAUAUAGUUGAAUAUGAUUCUAAAAUAGAUAUUGAGAAACUCAAAUAUCCUACAAAUAACAACUAUGAAAUCAAAGAAUUAUUUAGUGAAAGUCAAUCCAAUAAAUUACUAUUCAUUAAUCAAACUAAGUUAAUAAAAUGCAAAAACAAUGGUUGCCUCCUACUAAUAAAUGUUUAUGUAUUAGGUCAUUUCAAUUAUUUCAACAUUAUGGUAUCCUCCAAAUACACUGUUAUUAGAAAUCUAGAAAUGAUUCUUGGAUAUGCCAAUAAUAAAACCAUGUCUUAUUACUACUUUGAAAUUUUCAAACAGAUAAAAGAUAUCCAAAUUACUGUUAGAACAAUAUAAAUUUGUAAUAGCAUUAUUUAUGUCUAGAAAUCCAAAUUACAAGGAGAAAUUCUUUAUCCUACUAUUGAUAAAUACACUUAUAAAUUUUCAUUAGAUACAUUUACAAUAUCAGAAGAAGAUAAUAUAGGAUAAUAUGUGAUUGGAGUAUUGGCUGAGGAUUGCAUUUUUGAAGUGCUAUUACAUAUUGGAGGAUUCUAAUUACACUAUAUUCAUAAUGGAUAAUUAAUAGAAACUUACAUUAAUGAAAAUGUUUCAUGUUAUUACUUGAAUAAUCAUUAGGAAUCAUUUCGAAUAAUGAUAUACAAUAUAAAAAAUAUUAUGGUUUCAAUAAGAAUUGAAAACAAGAGUGAAAUAAUUGAGUUGACUAAUAAUAGUGAUCUUUUUGGAGGAAUAAUCUAAAUUGAUAAGGAUUUAUGUUCCUCUUGUACAUAUAUUUUAUCUCUUUAACCAAUUAGACCUACUAUAUUAUCUUUACUUUUUACAUAUAAUAAUAUUCCAUUAUCAAUUAGUUAUGGUAGAAUUUAUUAUGAUCAUUGCCUAAAUACUUGUGAAUUCAAUCUUAAACCAGGAGAGUUAAAUUUAUUUGUUUACUCAAAAUCUAUCAAAUUAACUUUUCGUUCUUAAAUCAAUCGCUUAAUUUAAAUGGAUUUAACUUACUCUAAUCACAUUAUUCCAAUAAAUGAAUCUUGUAUAUUGCAAAUUAGGAAUGAUUCAUAUUAUUCUAUCAAUCUAAACAAUCAAUAUAAUCCAAUAAUUUUAUAAUUAGGUAGAGUAUUUAAUGGUAGAAAUACAAUCAGUCAUAAUACUACAUUAUUUAUUUUUAAAAUAGAUAGAAUUUAAUAAGAAUAUAUUAUAUAAGUUUCAAGUUAAUCAGAUUUUAUAAUUGAUAUUUAUUAUCAAUCUAUUGGAGAUUCAAAUAAAUUAAAGAUAAUUCCAAAAUCAGAAUUUAUACUUAAUAAAUCAAAAAAGACAUUAAUUUAUUAAUUUCAAUAAAUUGAAUAACCAUAUUAAAUUAUCCUCUAAUCUAUUGAUGAUUAUCAUAUAUUUGUGGAUGUCUAUAAUCAAAAUCAAUUUAAGUAUAUUAAUUUUAAUAAUCAUUAUAUUGAAAUCAUCUAAGAAACUUAAUAAUACAAUAUUUAAGCUAUUUAAGAAUAAGAAUUGUAAAUUGAGAAAUUAGAUUGUUUAGGAAAAACUCAAAUGUAAAAAUUAUCUCUAGCUACUUAAAAAGAUAUAAUUAUUAAGAUUUAAGUAACAGACAGACCAUAUCCAUAUCCAUUUAAUAUCUUUAGUUUAGUACCUCAUAUUUAAUAUUCCCAUGAUUAAUGGUAUAUCAAGAAUUCAAGAUUUGAAAUUUACAAAUUGUCUGAUUAAUAAUUAGAAGUAACCAUUAAUACAAUGAAAAGGAAAAAAACUGGUAGUUUAAGUUUAAAUAAAUUAAUGUAAAAAUAUUAAGAAUAAUUUAUAGUUAUAAAAUGCAUUUAUCAAAUCAAGAGAACAUUAUUAGAGCACUGGGUUGUGAAAUUGAUAUUAAAUUUCUGUAAAAAUAUUCAGAUAAUGAUAAUUCUCUCUAUUACAAUACUUCUAUUUUAGAAGUGGAAGAGAAACAAGAAUCAAUUAAAUUUAUAGGUAUAUAUUAGAUUAAUUAGUAGUGUUGAUUAAUAAAGAAUAUAUUUAUGGAUAAGUUAUAUUUUAAGCUUAUUAUGAAAAUUACAAUGUUCCUUAUACAUAUUUUUAUAAUACCACUUUAAUUUAUAAUGAAACAGAUGAGAGGAAAAUAAAGAUUAAAGAUGAUUUGGAGAUUGAAGAAUAGUAGAUGGAUUAUAUAUUUAUAGUAAUUGGAAUUAGUGUAAUAUUGGGUAUAGGUUUAAUAUGUUUAUGGGUGUUCAUACCUAAAUAGAAGUAAAAAAAGAGAGAAUUAAAUGAGGAAUAAUAAUAAUAAUAUUAAUAAGAAUACUUAUAAUAAUACUAAUAAGAAUUAUAAUAACUAAAGGAAAAAGAAUAAGAAUUAGUUAAAAUUAAUUGA